GGUGACAGGAUCCCAACUCUCUCGUGCCUCCCAUAAACAACCGCGAGGAGACCAGGCAGCGAAGGAGGGAGGGAGGGAUAUCUAAUUUGGGAUCUGAUUCAAGUCCUUAGAUUGGACCUGUCGGUGGUUUGGUCGGCGAAGGAGAGAGAUCUCAUGGGGUCGGAGGCGACGGCGUUGGAUGCCUUGAAGACCGAGAUACCCUUGGAGGACGACGGAGAUCUCGUCCUCACAUCGGAGAUCGCUUCUGGGAGGGCCGUCGGCCUCGUCCUCGUCGACAUUGUCAAUGGCUUCUGCACCGUUGGCGCUGGCAAUCUCGCUCCAGUUGAGCCUAACAAGCAGAUAGCCACCAUGGUGGAGGAGGCUGCAAAGCUUGCCAAGGUGUUCUGUGAUAGAAACUGGCCCGUUUAUGCUUUUCUGGACACCCACUAUCCUGAUAAACCUGAACAUCCAUACCCACCUCAUUGUAUAAUUGGUUCAGGUGAAGAGAAAUUGGUUCCAGCUUUACAGUGGUUGGAGAAUGAUCCAAAUGCGACCAUUAGAUGCAAAAAUUGCAUAGAUGGUUACCUUGGUUCAAUGGAGAAGGAUGGCUCGAAUACAUUUGCUGAUUGGGUGAAAAGGAAUGAAAUUAAAGUUGUUUUGGUUGUAGGAAUAUGCACUGAUAUUUGUGUUUUAGACUUUGUCUGUUCCAUAUUGAGUGCUAGAAAUAUUGGCCAGGUGCCACCACUGGAAGAUGUUGUAGUGUAUUCACGUGGAUGUGCUACAUAUGACCUCCCUAUUCGUGUCUCUAGAAAUAUCGAAGGAGCUUUAGCCCAUCCACAGGAGCUGCUCCAUCACAUAGGACUUUACAUGGCGAAGGGAAGGGGAGCCAAGGUAGUGCACAGAGUAUCCCUUGGUUCAUCAGAGGAUGCAUGACAUGGGCACACCGCUUAAUGAGGACAGCACUUCCGACUUCUCGUAGUGUUAAGUUACCAUGUUCAUUAGGUUCUUGCUGGAGUUGCAUCUGACAUUCAGCAUAAAUUGGGCCUGUUAUGUACAGUGGGAUUGUUAUGCUGACAUUUUUCCCUUUAUAUGGCCAUAGUCCAUGUUUAAAGGUAUUAUACUGCAAUAUGUGAGUGGUUUUUCUCAAUUUCCUCUUGAUGACUGAAAGCCACAAAUGCUGCAGAGGGAUCACCCCUUAGCGAAGGGAAGCAGCAAAGGGCUUGUUUUAAAUGAAUAAGAACUCAAUGUAAAUAAAGUCAUCAUAUGUUAUCAACUGAACUUCUUGAUGGUAUGUUUCUA